UCAACAAUUGUGCAUUUUUCUUAUCAAUUUUUGUGUUUUGAUUUUUCUAUUCAAAUUAAACUGUGUGGGGUAUUAAACAUAUGCUGAAUAAAUGCAAAGUCACACUAAUUAAGUAGAUAGACGAAUGGUUGCAUGACACAUCAUAUAUUUGUGCUGCUGUGCUUCAAGAAAAUAAAAAAUAUUCGCCUCUUCGAACUGUCAAAUGUUAGUUGUGGUUGAUAUUACGUUGUGAUCAUCGACGUUUCAAUAAAAUCAUUUAAUUUUUAUGCUAAAAUCGUUUGUAAAAGCAAGUAAAUUUAAAUGGCUGAAAUCAAUUAUUGGUACUUCGGAAUACCAGCUGCAAGUAUAGCGGUAAUUUAUAUUAUUCGACGAAUUCGUGUCUGGCAAUGGGGACGUAUCAGUGAUCGUUAUUCUUUGGAGGGUAAAACCUUUAUAGUCACCGGUGCGAAUACAGGACUGGGUUUCGAAACAACAAAAGCGUUAAUAAAACGUGAUGCAAUCGUUAUAAUGGCAUGCCGAAGUAUUUCACGCGCAGAAGAAGCAAUGAAAAAAAUCCAAAAAGAAACAAGUAAAGGUCGUAUGAUUCCGUUACAUUUGGAUUUGGCGUCGUUUGAAUCGAUCUAUGAUUUUGUGCAAAAUAUCAAAACGAAUUAUCCAACGUUUAAUUGUUUGAUCAACAACGCUGGUCUGGCAAUGCCUGAUAGUAAAAAGAAAACCGACGAUGGUAUCGAAUUGCAUUUUGGCACCAAUCAUAUAGGUCAUUUCUUGUUGACACGACUGCUUCAGGAUCGUAUUAAGACUAAUCGGGCUCGUGUUGUGAUUGUUUCAUCGCUGUUACAUGAGAAAGGUGAAAUCAAUUUCAAUACCAUAGGCAAGGUCGUGGAAGAAACUGAAGCCUCUUCGAUUUCCCGAACAAACAAUCCAUUCUACAACAAUUCAAAGUUGGCCAACUUUUAUCAUGCUCGAGAAUUGUUCAAAUCUGGUUAUGACGCGCAUGUUUUGUGUCCAGGUUUAUGUCACACAGAUUUCUUCCGUGAUUAUAAUCCUCGUUGGUAUCAUUACGUCAUAUUUUCGCCAAUUGUUUGGCUUCUUUUACGAUCAGCCGAACAAGGAGCCGAAAAUAUUGUAUAUUGUGCUACAGCCAAUCAAAAUACGGAUGAAAAAAAUCCGGCUACCGGCUAUUUUGUUCGCAAUCUUAAACAAACCAAAUCGAAAGUAAAAUUUGAUGAUCAAAUUGGUGCACGGCUUUGGAAGGAAAGUGAAAUAAUCUGCUCAAGCAUUUUAGUGCGUGAAGAGAGAAAAAAUGAGCGUCAGUACCAAGUUCGGAACGUUCAUACCGACAGGAAGAAGGAUGAUUUUCUUCUUGACAUGCUGCGACAGUGUCAGGAUGCAGGAAUAGGACUGAAGAUGAACUAAUGGUUAGGCGCUGGUCACAAAGCAAUUUUAUACACAAUACUUUUUAUUCGGAGUGGAUCUUAUUUUCAUUUUCUAGAACUUAUUAUCUUUUUAAUUGAUAACAUUGCAUUGCUUAAAAACGGUUUGAAACUAACAUUGUACGCUAAACGAAGGUGAAAUAAAAAAUACCGUUAGCAUAUCAUAUACAAAAUCAA